ACACCUAUAACAUUCUUGUUUGCCGCUUGGAGAGGAGCGAACAUAGGUAGAGGACCAAACAUGAAGCACCUAACGUUGUUGGCUCUUGCGCUCACUUUAAUUGUGUCGAUAUAUGGCGCAAAGACGCCGUAUCAAGCGGUUCUGCAGCACAGUAGGAUACGGGGACGGACACAAGGACCAAACGUCUGUGCGAUGCAGAAGAUUCCGGCAACGGAUAAGAAGUACUUCACCAAUUGCAAACAGUGGUAUCACCGCAAAAUCUGCGGACAGGCAACAGUGAUCAGCUAUGAGUGUUGUCCUGGUUACGAGAAAGUCACAGGAGAGAAGGGAUGCCCUGCAGCUUUGCCUAUGGUCAACAUCUACAACACCCUGGGUGUGGCUGGAGCCACCACCACCCAGAUGUACUCAGACAGGGCGAAGCUGAGGCCAGAGAUCGAAGGGCCUGGAAGCUUCACAUUCUUCGCCCCUAGCAACGAGGCAUGGGCUGCCCUGCCACAGGAAAUUCUUGAUGCCUUGGUGAGCAAUGUCAACAUUGAGCUCCUCAACGCACUGCACUACCACAUGGUCAACCAACGCCUGACCUCCGAAGACCUGAAGCACGGAGCCGCCUACCCUUCCAUGUACCAGGACUUUGACGUGCACAUCCACCACUACCCCAAUGGCGUUGUUACAGUGAACUGCGCCCGUCUCGUGAAGACUGACCAGCAUGCUACCAAUGGUAUCGUGCACGUUGUGGACAGAGUCAUCACAGCCAUCACCAAUGACGUCGGCUCUCUGCUUGAUACAGACGAUGAGCUGGAGACUUUGAGGACGGCUGUUGCAGCGGCUGGCCUGACCACCAUGCUGGAGAGCGAGGGCUCCUACACCAUCUUCGCCCCCACCAAUGAGGCCUUCGAGAAGAUCCCUGCAGAUACCCUGACCAGGAUCCUGGGAGACCCUGUUGCCCUGAAAGACAUGCUUAAUUACCACAUCCUGAAGAACCUGCACUGCUCCGAGUCCAUCGUGUCGGGUACGCCCCUGGAGACGCUCCAGGGCACGGUGCUGGAGGUGGGCUGCGAUGAAGAGGGCAUGACGCUCAACGGCAAGGCUAUCAUCCAGUCCAAGGACAAAAUGGGAACCAAUGGAGUUGUGCAUUACAUCAAUGAGCUCCUUAUCCCUGACUCAGCUAAGACGCUAAUGGAACUAGCCGAAGGAUCCACCGUCGCCACGGCUACCAAGAUGUUUGUUGAUGCAGGUCUUUCCACUCAUCUCACCGGCUCCGAGGCCAUUACCAUGCUCGCCCCUCUGGACGACGCUUUCAAAGGCAGCUUGACGAUGACUGGGGAGAUGAAGAAGCUGAUGAGCAACCACAUCCUGAAGGAGAAAUUCUCCUCCAAGAGCCUGUACCAUGGCCAGGAGCUGGAGACCCUCGGAGGCCUCAAACUCAGAGUCUUCGUGUACAGAAAUAACCUCUGCAUCGAGAACGCCUGCAUCGCCGCACACGACAAGGUCGGACGUUUCGCCACCAUGUUUACCGUCGACAAGCUCCUGGCCCCACCCAUGGGAACAGUUAUGGAUGUUCUGAAAGCAGAUAAUCGUUUUAGUACUCUGGUUGGUGCCAUUCAGAAGGCCGGGCUGACGGAGCUCUUGAACAAGCCAGGUGCCUCCACCACGGUCUUUGCGCCCACCAACACCGCCCUCCAGGCUAUGCCCUCCGCUGACCUCAACAAACUUAUGGGCAACAGCCAGGAGCUUGCCGCCUUCCUGAAGCAGCAUAUGGUUGAGGAGCUCCUGGUCAGUGGAGGAGUGACCUCUCACACCCGGCUGAAGGUCAUGCAGGGAGAGAGUCUGCAGCUGGGCAUUAUCUAUCAUUCAGGAGGAAGUCCGCAGAUGGGCACGCGCAACCAGACCAUGUACGUCAACAGAGUGCCAGUUGUGGACGCUGAUCUGAUGGCCACCAACGGUGUUGUUCACGCCUUAAACGCCAUCAUCAAGCCAAUGCCUCCCAAGACCGAAACUGAGACCACUGGAUCUACGACGGUGACACGUACUGUCGUCAGAUCCAGCUCGCGAGUUGUGAGAAACGAUGAUCUCUUCCAGAAGAUUAAGCGGAGUCGAUCCAGCCGAGCGAUGGCCCGUGGUCAGUAAAUCCAACCCAGUCGUGUAAAGGAGAUGAAUGUUAAACUUCACCCUCCACCAGCAUUUGAAGUUGUAGCGUUUGGUUCAUGGGACUAAAUUUUUGGUCUUUUAAGUGGUAACAUGGUAAUCCUUGGGAAACUUCGCUCAGAAAAAAAAACAGUAAAAACCGUUCACGAAAAAAUAAUCAAGAACAACUGUUUUAGCAAUCAGAAAUUAUAUGCUUGAACUCUUUUUUUUUUUUUUUUUUACCAGCCAAGGCCCCAAGAUUUGGGAUUUAAGCCAUUUUUUUCUUGUUGUAAGAAGAACUAUAUGAUAAACCAAAGACAGCAAUUUGAUAUGACUUCAUGUAGCUUUAUAAAGUAGUGUUGAAUAUUCAUUCAAGUGGCUUCUGUUUCUUCAGUUUAUGAGUGUUUAUCCAGAGCAGAUGUUGAGAACUGUAUACUGUGUUUCAUUUUUUUAAUAUACCUGUAGCAUGUUUGCAUGGUUUUAGCUGGAACAGAAAAGCUAUUUGGGCACAUACCAAUGCAGGUUGAUAUCAAGACUCCUUGAACAUUUUUGUUUUGUUUUUGUUUAAUCUUUCUUUGUUUUCAUCCGUUUAAGGUCAUUCUAGAUCACACACACUCACACAAACCCCUUUGUACAUUACUGAAAUCUGUGUGAAACCAGGCAAACAAUGCCUUCACAUUGUCGAAAUAAAACAUUUCAUUUUUUA